CAAACUCCCUCCGCGGCCCCCUUCCGCGCCCCGCCCCUGACAGGCCCAACCCUGCCCCGGGGCAGGUUAAGAGCCCCCAGAGCCGGGAGCUCACAACAGACGGUCACUCGAGGGGGGGCGAGCAAGUUUGGUUGUCAUGGCGACGGCACUGUUGGCCCGGACCCUGCGGGCUGCAGCAGUGCACGGCCCGCAAGGCACUGAGGGCGUCCGGGGGCUGAGCAGCAGCGCACAGCGGCGGGCGGCCAGGGGCGCCAGCCCGGGACGCCGGCUCAGCACCGCCUGGGCGCCGGCCCAGCCCGCACGGGAGGAGGCCCAGGGUACUGAAGACGAUGCCCACUCACCUGCCACGAAGGAGCCGCCGUGGACAGAGCCCCCCGCGCCCCCGGUGCCCCCCGAUCCCCCUGGGCGAGUGGCCGGCCGCUCGCUGGUGCAGCGGGACAUCCAGGCCUUUCUGAACCAGUGCGGGGCCAGCCCCGGGGAGGCGCGCCACUGGCUCUCGCAGUUCCAGACCUGCCAUCACUUUGGAGACAAGCCCUUCGCCGUCAUCGAGGUGGACGAGGAGGUACUCAAGUGCCGGCAGUCGGUAUCCAGCCUGGCCUUUGCCCUGGCCUUCCUGCAGCGCAUGGACAUGAAGCCGCUGGUAGUGCUGGGGCUGCCCAAUCCCACGGCUCCCUCGGGCUGUCUUUCCUUUUGGGAGGCCAAGGCACAGCUUGCCCAGUGCUGUAAGGUGCUGGUGGACGAGCUGCGACACAACGCCGCCACUGCAGUGCCUUUUUUUGGCGGCGGUUCGGUGCUGGGCGCCGCUGAGCCAGCCCCUCAUGCCAGCUAUGGUGGCAUAGUCUCGGUGGAGACUGACCUGCUACAGUGGUGCCUGGAGUCGGGCAGCAUCCCCAUCCUGUGCCCCAUCGGGGAGACGACCGCGCGCCGCUCUGUGCUCCUCGACUCCCUGGAGGUGACCGCGGCGCUGGCCAAGGCGCUGCAGCCCACCAAAAUCAUCUUUCUGAAUACCACAGGUGGCCUGCGCGACAGCAGCGACAAGGUCCUGAGUAACGUGAACCUGCCUGCCGACUUGGACCUGGUGAGCAGCGCCGAGUGGGUGCGCACCAAAGAACGGCAACAGAUGCGGCUCAUCGUAGACGUGCUCAGCCGCCUGCCCCACCACUCCUCGGCUGUCAUCACUGCCGCUAGCACGCUGCUCACGGAACUCUUCAGCAACAAGGGGUCCGGGACCCUGUUCAAGAACGCCGAGCGGAUGCUGCGAGUGCGCAGCCUGGACAGCCUGGACCAGAGCCGCCUAGUGAACCUGGUCAACGUCAGCUUCGGCAAGAAGCUCCGAGGCGACUAUUUAGCUUCGCUGCGCCCACGGCUGCACUCUGUCUACGUCUCUGAGGGGUACAACGCAGCCGCCAUUCUGACCACGGAGCCCGUACUGGGGGGUACCCCAUAUCUAGACAAGUUUGUGGUGAGCUCCAGCCGCCAGGGCCAAGGCUCCGGCCAGAUGCUGUGGGAGUGCCUGCGGCGAGACCUGCAGAGGCUUUUCUGGCGCUCCCGGGUCACCAAUCCCAUCAAUCCCUGGUACUUCAAACACAGUGAUGGCAGCUUCUCCAACAAGCAGUGGAUCUUCUUCUGGUUUGGCCUGGCUGAUAUCCGGGACUCUUAUGAGCUGGUCAACCAUGCCAAGGGGCUGCCGGACUCCUUCUGCAAGCCAGCUUCUGACCCAGGCAGCUGACCCUCACCACCAGCCCUGCAGGCCCUGGGGCAGCCAGGGUGGACCAGAAGUCAUGCCUACUGGAGGUGACCCCAGGCAGCCACAGGCUGGACCAGGCUUGUUGGCUGAGUGAUCUGCAGAGGAGGAAGUCACAUUACUCUGCCCAGAGGGGGCACCCAAGUGGGGACAAGCACAGGAAGGAGAAGGGCCUGCUCAAGAUCCCCCCACUUGCUCCAAAGCCACAACCAAAUGGCCUUCAAUUUUCAGUCUAGGGAUCUGGGAUUGCGCGGAGAGGGAGGGAGAGGGGAAAGGGAAGGAGGGCUUGCAUUUGAGGGCUCUAUUCAGGGUUAACCAUAAGGGUGGGCCAGUUUCUGUGGCCUCUGUGUGAUUUUGAGGCUCCCUUGCCCAAAAUAUCACCCCUAUUUGCCUGAUAUUCCACCACUCAUUCUAAUUCCUUUGGGGCUUGCAACUUUUCAGGAGGCCUUGAUUAAAACACAAAUACUUG